GACUGUGUACAACAGAAAGAGAGAGUAAGAGACCAACCCAAACACACUAUGACUAAAUUUGUUUGUGCAAUUCUUCUCAUGCUUGUUAUGGCUUUUGCCAUCAAAGAUACCUAUGCUGGUAAAGAAGGAUCACUUCGUCCUAAAGAAUGUGCAACUGCAUGUGCCCUACGUUGUUCAGCAACUCAAUACAAGGAGGCAUGUUUGACCUAUUGCAACCUUUGUUGUGCCAAAUGUUUGUGUGUUCCAUCUGGAACAUAUGGUCACAAGGAAGAAUGUCCAUGCUAUAAUAACUGGAAAACUAAAAAAGGAGGACCCAAGUGCCCUUAAUUUUUGUUUACUCUUAGUCCCGUUAUUGAUUAUGCAUAGAUCUUUGUCAAUGCAUUUCUUUGCUAUUUGAAUAUUAAUAAAUUUCUAUUUCCUAUGCUUAA